ACAAGUCUGUACUGUCGGGCGAUUGAGCUUGUACUUGUUGUUGUAGCUCGAAUUGCGAACUAGGGGCGAUGUGAUCAGGUCUUCGUUCUGUAAGUGCCAGCAAUAAGCUAAGUGUUUAGAGAUACAAUAUUUGAAUGACCUGGUCUCGAAAUGGGGAUUCAUCACAGCAAGAAAGAUCCAGAAUAUGAAACGUCUCUAGCUCUGUUUACUAAGGAGGAGCAUGAAAAGAUCUGCAAACUUUUCAAAGAUAUUUCUGGCUCACAUGCAACAUUCUCACAUGAUCAGUUGCAGGCACACGCAGGCAAGUAUCUGCCACGAAAUUAUGUGCACCGUCUGCACGAUGUGAUGGCAAACGUGAUCAGCAAGAGACCACGCCAAAACGCGCAGGUGCCAUAUCAGGCUUUUCUAAUUAGUCUCUCACACAUGCUGAAAGGAACCCUGACCCAACGUGGACAUAUCAUCCGCAGGCUGGCAUCAGACAACAGGGAGACCACUGCAUCCGAGGAACUCAUUAAUCGAUGCUGCGCUCGAGCUCAUUAAUUAGGCACGUUGCCAAGUGAGCGGAGAGCGGGAGACAGCUGGUAGCAG